UUUGAGAGUUCUUCAGCGCUGUGGUAACUGUGGUAGGAAUAUAAAAUCUUUGCUCGUAAUUUACAGCUUUUCGCUGGAAUCGAAAUGGUGUGACCCGAUUUCUCGCGGAUACACUGAAGAUUCACGAGAAAUGCGCUCGCGGUGUAAGACUCUCCUUCUCAAAGUCAGAGCUUCGUAGCUCCGUUUACACGAUCUUCGCGUCUGCAUUUCAUCAGAUGUGAUUCCGGAGAAUGUAGGAUUUCGAGGAGUUGUACUUUCUGUACGGCACAAUGGUGCUGACAGAGAACAUAAGGCUUGACUUACCAAGUCUGAUUUUAUUGAAGCUCCAAGCAAAGGCCUGAAGAGCUACUGGCUGAAAAACAUUUGCCCAUCCCUUCCCUCCCCCAAAAAACCUUUACCUAAGCUGCCUUUCAACAUUCUUUCACUCUGAACCUUUCUGGAAAGCAUUCGCUCUGUCUUUUUUCCAAAAUCCCUCUUGACCUUCCCUCCCCCUUCUUUCUGCUAAAUCUGUUUUACCAAUUUUGUUGCCUCAUUCUGCUUUUUUCUAACCACAAACGGCAUACUCCCCUAACUAUAAGUCAUGAGAAAACAAACGUGCAACGUUCUUCUGGUCUGUGGGGUCAUCAGCUCCAUCACGGUAUUUUAUCUUGGCCUCAGCACGAUAGAAUGUCCAACUGCUCGUUCUCGCACGGCACAGCAUGGGUGGGCGGUUAAUCUACAUGCUGGCCGAAACCUAAGUGACCCGUUACAAAUCCCUGAGGAAUACAAUGAGGAAACCCCUCUCAUUUUCAUUGGCGGAGUGCCUCGUAGUGGCACCACACUGAUGCGGGCUAUGUUGGACGCUCACCCACUCGUUCGGUGCGGAGAAGAGACCCGUGUCAUCCCCCGGCUGUUAGCCAUGCAGGCCACAUGGAGUCACUCCGCACGUGAACGGGUCCGUCUGGAUGAGGCUGGCGUCACCGAUGAGGUCCUGGAUUCAGCUGUACGUGCCUUUCUGUUGGAGAUCAUAGUGGGGCACGGCGAGUUCGCGCCGAGGCUCUGCAAUAAGGACCCUUUCGCUCUGAAGUCCCUUUCCUACCUCUCCAAGCUCUUCCCAAAAGCUAAGUUUGUUCUUAUGCUCCGUGAUGGCAGGGCCACCGUACACUCGAUGAUUUCCCGCAAGGUGACUAUCACCGGGUUUGACUUGACGAGUUACCGGGACUGUUUGGUGAAGUGGAACCGGGCGGUGGAGGUGAUGUAUGACCAGUGCUUGGCUGCAGCAAAUGGCAACUGUCUGCCUGUGCAUUACGAGCAGCUGGUCCUGUACCCUGAGCGGGUGAUGCACAAGCUCCUUCGGUUCCUGGAUCUGCCUUGGGACACAGCCGUGCUGCACCACGAACAGCUUAUUGGGAAAGCUGGUGGAGUUUCACUGUCAAAGGUGGAACUGUCAACGGAUCAAGUAGUCAAGCCAGUGAAUACAGAGGCUCUGUCUAAAUGGGUGGGCAAGAUCCCUGCUGAUGUGGUGAAUGAUAUGGCCAGCCUUGCCCCGAUGUUAAGUCGCUUAGGUUAUGACCCUCUAGCCAACCCACCAAACUACAGCAAGCCUGAUCUCUUAUUUCUGAACAACACAAAAAUAGUGAGGUCAAUCAAAAACUGAAAGGUCCUCUCAACCUGUGAAAACUUUGAAGCAAUAACCAAUGUGCAUUUUUUGAGCACAUAAAGCCUUUACUUGAAUUAACAACUUCAGCAGUUAUGUUGGAAAAGAAAUUCAUCUUAUAGGACCAUUGUUGCUUGUGGCAACAGUUUCAUACAGUGAUAGUUUUAAUGUUGUAUUGUAAAGUCAUUUUUCAAUAAAAUUUGAUUGAAAUGUU